AUAACUGAUUAUGAUAAUAGCUUUCCAUUCUUAGGACAUUUAACAUAAUUAUUUUACAUGCUAUGAAAUUAUUAAAAUGAACACUGAACAGUGUUAAUUUAACAUGCACAAGUAGAUAUUGUGAAUUAUUUGUCUUACGCGUUGUCCAUUAAUAUUACUAAUCUCGUUUUUCUUUUAGUUUUUACUGAAAACUGAGUAGAUUUCAUGAUCUUAAUUGUCCGCCGAUUACUAGAUUAUACCGUAAUCAAAAACUGUUUCCAAACAUAUGCAAUCAAGAUGAACAUAUUAUUGCCACCAGAUGAUGUACGAGGUAUGAAAAUUUUUAAAAUUGAUAAAUUCACGAAAUCGGUUACUGUGCCUGUGUUAGUAAUUAACAAAAAUAAUGUUGAAACUGCUAAUAGAGUAUUAAAAAACUAUAUUAUUAAGAUAAAAAACUUCAAAUCAAUUCGUAAUGGAUCUAAUGAAUAUGAAUGUAUGUUUUUCCUUGAUCCAACUAAAUUUUCUUCAUGUGAUGAUUUCAAAUUAGAUUUUGUCUCCACUCAACAUCUUAAUUAUGAAACGAUCCAGUUGAGUUAUGAUAAUUGGAAUCAUGAUGAAAUACUUAAAGCAGUAUUACCUGAAAAAUCUAUGUUAUCAAGUUAUUCUACAAUCGGAUCAAUUGUGCAUGUUAAUCUUAAAUCUGAAUUACUUGAUUACAAGAAUAUUAUUGGACAAGUUCUUAAAGACAAACUUAAAGGGUGUAAAAGUGUUGUAAAUAAAAUUGAUAAUAUCAAUAAUGUAUAUAGAAAUUUUGAAUACGAAGUAAUUUGUGGUUCACCUGAUUUAAAAACAACAGUCAAAGAAAAUAAAUGCUUAUUUGACUUAGAUUUUUCAGAAGUUUAUUGGAAUCCAAGAUUAUGCACUGAACAUGAACGUAUUAUACGUAAACUUAAGUCAGGAGAUGUACUGUAUGAUGUAUUUUCUGGUAUAGGUCCAUUUUCUGUACCGGCUGCAAAAAUGAGAUGUAUAGUAAUUGCUAAUGAUUUGAAUCCAAAUAGUUGUAAAUGGUUAGAAAUAAAUAAAAAAAAAAAUCAUAUUAAAGAUGAGUAUUUAAAAAUUAUCAAUAAGGAUGGAAGUAAAUUUAUUCAAGAAGAUUUAAAAACUCAUUUAAGUUCAUGGUCGAAAAAAAUUACUUCAGAAAAUAAAGUCCAUAUAACUAUGAAUUUGCCAGCUAUUGCUGCUGAAUUUAUAAAGUACUUUAAUAAAUUAUUUGAAUGGGAAGAUAUAAAUGAUUAUUCAUUACCAAUUUUACAUGUUUAUACUUUUGUAAAAACUGAUCAAAGUUAUGAAGAAGGAUUAAAAUUAAUAAUAGAAAAAUACUUAAAUAAUAUAAAAAAGGAUAUCCAAGAAAUUUUUAGAGUUAGAAAUGUGGCACCAAAUAAGGAGAUGGUUCGAAUUACAAUACAAACAACAAAGGAUUUUUUGUGUAAAUCUGAAAUCAUUAAAAAAAGAAUAUUCAUUGAAGAUGAAACUGAAGAACUUUAAAUUUUUGCAUCUGGAAGAACACUCAGAACUGAAUUAUGUACAUGAAAAGAUGACCAUAAUGGACAAUACAUCAGGCAUGGUGCUCA